GCAAGAGAUGCCGUCGAUGGACAGAGCCGAGACUGCAAUAGAUGACUUGGAUGACCGAGGCCAGUCGUAUCUCAAAGCCUCAAGCGACGAACGUACAAGUCAAGAGGGCGGCAACUGCCGUAAGCAGAGAAUGAGAUCUCGGACCGCAGCAGCUUCCCAAGGGCCAAGAAACGACCACACCGCUGCCAAUCGAGAUGCCUAUGACGAUGGCAGCAGCAACAAGUGGCGUGUGCCUCGGCCGCGUUAUAUGAUGAUGUGUGUGGUGAUGUUGGUGAGCUGGGUGUGGCCGCGGGUGGCGUGUGGGAGCGACGGGAGCGAUGAGGGCGGCGGCGGGAGCAGGAGUCAGCACCUGCAUGUGUACGACCCCAACGAGGUGGUGACUGUGUGGACCGACAAGAUGGGCCCCUACCACAACCCUCACGAGACCUACCCCUACGAAAACCUCCCCAUCUGCGAACUGCAGGACGCUGGUGGCAUCAGAAAAGAGCCUACAAUCGGUACACAUACACAUACACACACACACAGGCAGACAGAUCGACCGACUGACUGACCGAGAUGUGUGUCCAUGUGUUUAUUCAUUGGCCAGGUGAGGCGCUCGAGGGCCACAACUUCAUCAGCUCGCCGAGAAUCAACAUCAAAUUCUCAGGUAGGCUGCCCAGCUUCAUUCACUCACCGACUCACUGUCUGCCUCGGUUGUGUGUUGGUCCAUCCAUCGAUGCGUCCGUCGGUCAGUUGGUCAGCCCAGCACUGACGUGUGCUCCAUGAAGCUCAACGAAGAACAGGCAGAGGAGCUGGCAAGUGAACACAUUCGACACAUCCAGACAAACAGGCUGGCAGGGCAGGGUGCCUUACUGUUUGUUGUGUGUGUCGUAUAGGUCCGCAUGGUGGAGGAGAACUACUGGUACCAGAUAUACAUCGACGACCUGCCGAACUGGGGCUUCCUCGGAGGUAGGUCAACAACAACGCGGGAGCACAGCUUCCCGCCUGUUGGUUGAGUGCGUGUGUCCUUCCUGCCUGCCUGCCUCCGUUGGUUGGUUCAGAGAUGGUUGAGCCCGAUGAGGGCAAGGAGGGUGCGGAUGAGAAGGAUGACGAUGAGGGGGCUGCCCCCAGUGUGCCUUCCAUAUUCACUCACAGGGAAUUCGUCAUCUACAGAAACGGACCACAGGUGGGUGGGUGCCGCAGACCAGACCCCCACCAGCAUCUCAUCGCAUCCAUGGAGGAAGGAAGGGGUCAUUCAUAUGUGUAUCGAUCGUAUCGUUUGUCCAUAUAUCGGACAGAUCAUAUCAGUGGACAUGGAGCCGUCCGAUCUGGUGCCCAUCAAGGCCGGUGCGGAGCUCAAGUUCACCUACUCGGUCGAGUGGCACGAGACAGACGUACCCUUCAAAAACAGAUUCGAGAAGUACCUGGAAUUCUCCUUCUUCGAACACAAAGUUUGCCACGGCCUAGCACACACGUGUACCCAGGCAGUCAGGCAGCACAUGGAUGGCAUAUCGCUUGUUGUGGGUUCAUUCAGGUUCACUGGUUCAGCAUAGUCAACAGUUUCAUGCUGUGUCUGUUCCUCUGCGCCAUCGUGUCGGUCAUUCUGGCACGAGUACUUCGCAGAGACUUCGCAAAGUGAUCUAGCCCAAAUACGCAGCCAGACAGCUCCCUCACAAAGACGCUGAUGUGCUCUCUGUCUGUGUGUGUGUUGUAGGUAUGCAGCGUCAGAGGCUGACGAGCUUGAGAGCAUGGACAGGGCAGACGAGAGCGGGUGGAAGCAGGUCCACGGGGAUGUCUUCAGGAAACCCUCACACCUACUCACCUUCUCAGUACACAUCCACACACACACACACAUAAUGGGGCCUGGACGAUUGGUGGGUGUAUGUGCUUUAAUUGCUGUGCCCUGCCGUGUGUGUGCGUGUGUGUAGGUGUUGUACAGCAGCGGCUGCCACUUGAUGACCAUGAUAGUGGGUGUGAUCCUGCUGGCCAUCGCCAACUCAUACUACACGAGGGCGGGGUCCUCAUCCUCGGCAGCCGUGCUUGUCUAUAUCGUCACACAGUCGGUCGGCGGAUACGCUGGGGGAUACACAUUCAAGUCAGUGCGACAGACGCAGCAGCUCGAAUAUAUGUCAUUCAUGUCAUGAGGCGUGUGUGACAUUGAUUGCUUCAGGUUGUAUGGCGGGAAGGGCUGGAAGAAGGCCAUGUUCGCGCAGGUGCUCUUCAUACCUUCAGGUGAAUGCCCGUCUGGCUACUGACACAGAUAAGAGACACGAGGCGACCUGCGUGGCGUGUGUGUUGUGUGUGUCCCGCCAGUCGUGUUGGUGAUAUUCGCCUUCCUCAACACCACCGCCCUCGUAUACACAUCCAGCAUGGCCGUACCUGCAAAAAACAUCGCAACGGGUACACACACAGACAGACAGACAUCCUGCCAUGGGUUUUGUGCUCACCGCGGAUACAUCCAUUCUGUGCUGUACGGAUGGAUUGGAUGCCUCGGUGCAGUGGUACUGUUGUUUCUGGUGCUGUGCAUCCCUCUGCACACGGUGGGCACUCUGUUGGGCCGCCGGCACGCCAGCAAGGCGGCUUUCCCGUGCCGCAUACACCACCUGAAGCGACCCAUACCACCCAAACACUGGGCAUUCCUGUGCGUGACGUGACAAUGACACUAACAUACCCACAUGCACACACAGAGUCCUCGAUACAUCCGUUAUUGUGUGUGGAUUCAUUGCGUUUCGUUCCAGGCCGUGCAUGAUCAGUGGUGCUGGUCUGAUCCCAUUCGGAUGUGUAUUUAUCGAGGUACCUCCACACACACACACAUAUACACAUACAUAUACAUAUACACACAUGGCUGCACCAUCCUGUCUGCAGAUGUAUUUCCUGUUCUCGUCUUUCUGGGGCUACAAGUUCUACUAUGUACGCUCACACGCACGCAGCACACAGACACACAUCGCACCUGUGUGUACAUGUUCGGUUGUGUGUGUAGGUGUACGGCUUUAUGCUGGCGAUACUGCUGCUCUUCAGCUGUGUGCUGGUAGGUGGGCCGUUUGCUGCACCGCCAGGCUGGCAAGACAGACAGACACAUGAGGAUGGCCUUUGUGUGGUGUGUGUGCAGGUGUGUGUGAGCAUAACGUCUGUGUACAUCCUCCUGAAUGCGGAGGACUACAGAUGGGCUUGGUAGGUCGACACAGUGACUGAUAUGGGGCGGGAGGGACAACACCAGCACACAGGCGAGACACGCCGGCGUGCUGGCCGGUUUGUUGUUUGUUUCAGGGUGUCGUUUCUGUCGUGUGCGUCUACCGGCGUGUAUGUGUUCCUCUACUCUAUCUACUACUACCACAACUCAACCAAAAUGAGAGGUACACACACAGACACACACACGCCGAGCUCCAGCAUCGGAACUCCACAAACACACGUGUCUGGUUUCUCUCUGUGGUGUCUUCCUCCGUCCCUCGCUCCCUCUGUCCAUCUGUCUGUCAGGUUUUCUACAGUUCAUGUAUUACUUUGGGUCGACGGCGUUUUUCUGCUUCUGCCUGUCCCUGUUCUGCGGAUCACUCGGAUACCUCGGGUGAGUACAGUACGGGGGCAAUCCAAUGCAUUCGAUACCUGAAGGCAGGGCCGCGCGUGUGUGAAUGGUUUGUGUGUGUGUUGUCUGGUGACUGACAGGGCCUUCCGAUUCGUUUCGCUCAUCUACAAGAACAUCAAGGCCGAGUGAGGGAGUGAGGAAUGUGGCCGGGCAGCCGGCCAUCGAUGGGGGGAGAAAGGACACAGCCGUUGAGGUGGAUAGAGGCGGUACGGGACCGUCUGCCGACCCGCGAUGGACGAUGGCCGCGGCGCAAUUCAGGGUAUGUAGACGGGUGUGUGGUGCAAGGACGCAAUUAAAUGCGUAUGUAUGUGAGGGACACUCUUAUGCACACAUACGUGUUCUCACACUGCAUGUUCAAUUCAUGAUAUGGUCGUCCCCUUGACCAGCCAACCAAACCGUGUCACACCAGACAG